GAUGUAGUUCCAACGCGCGCGCGGCGUUUGAUUGUAGUAGGCUGCACAGUUGAGCUUCGGCUGCUAGGUGUGCUUCAGUUCCCUCUGCGUUCAGAUCUUUUCAGAGGAAUACAAACCACACCAAUAGGAAAAUAGUGAUUGGUAAGAAGAUAUGCCGAAGAGAAAGAGAUCGUUGCUCCAAUCCAGCUAUGUGGAAAAAAUAUCUGGGGAUGGAAAAUUAAGCACAAAGCCGGAGAAAAAUACAGAAUCUACCCAAGAUGUUGGGAAAAAGAAGAAAAGGAAAAGCAUAGCAAAGAAAGAUGGAACCUGGUUGGUGACUUGUGAAAACAAAGAGGGAGUGAUGGAUUUAAAGAAGCUGGAAAGAGGUGAGAACUGUAUUGAGUGUGAGGGCCUGUGGUUUACCCCACCUGCCUUUGAGGAUCUAGCAGGAAAGGGUUCCUGUAAAAAAUGGAAGAGAACAAUUUUCCAUGAAGGAAGGCCUCUGGGACACUUUUUUUCUGAAGGUAUCCUUUCAACGGUUGGAUAUCUAAGACGAAGAUCUGAGCCUAUGAGGCAGAAGGUGGAGGUGCCAUUGAGAAAAGACAGAAGGAAGUCAACAAACGCUGUCACAUUCCUGGGAACUAGAAGCAGAAAGUACAGAUCCUUCAACUCAGUGACCCAAAUAAAAGUUUCCUCAGAGAUGACGGACAUAAAGUCUACAGAGGAUCCUGACAUGAGUACUGCUAAAGGCUCUGAUGCGUUGGAUAAUGGACACAGAAGUAAUUUAGAUGGGGAACAAGAGCCAAAACAAAGAAAAACUACUGAGGAGGAUGUGCUUUCAGCUCCAGAAUCCGCAAAAGACCACAACACUACAGAAGAAAGGUGCUAUGACCCCGACAACACUACAGCUAAGAAACAGAUGAAGAUGAAAUCACAGCUAAUCAUAAAAAGGCUCUCUAUGAAGAGAACAUAUAAGACAAGAGGGCGACCAAAAGACAGUUGGUGUGAGCCUUUGGACAAUAACACAGAGAACAAUGACCCUAAAGACGCAACAGAAGCUGUAGGGAAAAGAAAUGCAAUGGAGUUGAACGGCAAAGAUGAUAACCUCACAGCUUCCCCUGAGGAGGUGACCGUAACCAGUGAUCAUGAAGACAGGACUGAGCUGCCUGCUGCACCCCUAAAUCUGACACUUUGUGUUAACGACGAUGACUCUAAUAAAGCCGAAUCCGAGAAUGGAGAAACAGAAUUGGAAGGAUUAGGGACAAGCAUCCAACUCUCAAAUGGAUUUCAUGCCUCUGAAAUUGAGACCAAAACUACAGCGGUCUCUGAAGGAUCAGAUGUGGAUUCACUGGAUCUGGAUCAACUGAAGAAGGAAAAAAUAAAAAUGCAGCUGAAGGUUUUAAGAUUGCAAGAGGAGUAUUACACGUUGAUGCUAAAGGACUUAAAAACAAAAGAUCUGAACUGCUCAAAUGAGAACUGAUUUUCUGACUACAACUAGGAUCAGUAGAGCUACAACCAGUAUUUGAAGAAAUUAGUCAUACUGACACAUCGAUUUAGUUGAUGUAAAUUUUAAAUUCAAAAUGUGAAUUUUUAUGUUUUUUUUUAACUUUUCCAUUUUAAAUGUGUUUAAGAUUGAAGACCACUUGUUUUUCAGAGACCAAAGUAAUGGUUUCAAAGUGUCCAGCUUAUAAUACAGUUCAUAAAGUGCAGCUUUGUAUGGUGAUUUAUACAAUGAUGUGGAAGUAGUCAAAAAAAUAGAAAAACCCAUCAAACCGGCACUCCACAAUGAUAUUUUAAAGUAUUCUUCUAUGUGUCCAGUUGAACCCGUUACUGGUGAAUGUUGUUAUAUAAGCUAAUUCAUAGCUAGAUUUGUCUCCUAGCAUUUAUUUUGUUUACUUCUUUGGUUCAGCAUGGUAACUCUGAUACUGCUAAUCUGUUUU